AUGGCCAUAGAAAGCCUCAUCAAGGAAUCUGUGAUUUCUACAUUCAUAGACCAAUAUAGGCAAAAUGAGUACGCAGAUCUGGCGAAGAGAGCUGCAGAUUCAUGCGAACGGGCCCUUUCGGAGAAGGACAUACCCCAUCAAACCAGGAGCCGCGCGAAGAAUCCCGAAAGCCUCCGCAAGAAGCUCGAGCAACGCGAGCGCAAGAACGGUCCAUACAAAACUCUAAAGCAUAUCCAUAACGACAUCGUCGAUCUUGCCGGGGCUCGCAUUAUUCUCGAGAGGUGGGAAGAUCGUGAUCUUGUCAAAGGCAUUAUAUACGAAAUUUUCGAGGUUCAGAAGGAGGAAUAUAAGAAAGAAGAAAGUGGAUACGAAGCAGUGCAUUAUCGGGUGUACAUGAAGCAAGGCGGGUACCUGCGUGGUCCCCAUAUGACGGAAAUGAGGCCGCUGGUUGAAAUCCAGGUUCAUUUCUUGUACAUGGCGCAAUGGGCCAAUGAUGAACAUGAUACUCGGUAUAAGACACCCGUAGACCCUACUCGAGCGUUGAACAACAAUCUCGAUAUCCGUCUUCAGGUGCUCCAUCUUCAAGAAAAACUUGCUCGGCAAACCAGGGAAGAGAAGACAAGACAAGAUGCAAAGCACAAGCAAAAGUUCACCAAUGCCAAACACGUCGGCCGUCAUCUAGAGAAGUGGAUUCUCAAGCAUGCUGCGGACUGGGCAAAAGAUGAAGCCAAAACGACAGGAUCUGCCACAGCUUUGACAAAAUUUUUGGAUGCUCGGGAAUGGAGAACUCCCGAGUCUCUAAAUCAGUUGCUCCAAGAACACUUUGGUGAUGGCGCGCUGGAUGAAUACUCGAGUAUCGCAAAGAAAUAUGCCGGCAUCGAAUUGAACCUCAUUAUUUAUCUCAUCGACCGCACAGUCCUGAAACGCGAAAAGAAUAACGCGCAUGCUUUCCAAGUCCCCAACAGCCAUGAAGAACAUGCCUACAAGAUCCAGGUGAUUCUGAGCACCUUCAUCUGGAUGAAUCGUCUCUUUCUGCCGACCCUUGAAUGGCAGCGUUUGUUCACGCGUUUUGAAGACCAAAAGACCCUUCGACAGGGCAUCCUUUGGCUUGGAAACGGGGCCCGGCAAAACUUCAUCGGAGAAGGAGACUCGUUGACAAACGAUGAGAUUGGUAAACUGAACAGACUGUGGGAUUGGUUUAGCAGAAAUCCCGACCGACCAAUCAUGUUGGCUUUCACGAUGUCGAAUCAAGGGGUAGUUAGAGAUAUCCCACGAGAAAAGGAUGAGCUGGAAAAUGCCCUUGGGCCACUGGGUCGGGCCCUGGGUCGCGCUUCAGUGUGA